GACACAUGCGUAGUGCCAUUCUGUGAAAACUCAAAAACUAAAGAAAAGGAAAAUCAAGCUUCCACACUUAAAGCGACAGUACCACAUUUUUUUCAGAUUUGUCCUUGUUUUUUUACGAGUACAGUUCCUAGAUUGCAAUUCUAAUACAGUAACUUUGAAGAAUAUAUGCAGGUCAUGUCAGGUCUACGGAAUCAGGGCUCAAAGCCAUACGACGCUGUUGUAAGCGACAGAGGUGGUAGUGUAAAUGGUGGAGAUCCUGCUUGGGCAAUGCAACACAAUGCUAAAGGUAACUGGUCUCAUUAUAACAACUCGGAAACUAUCAACUGGCCUGCCCAUGGAACAACACAGGAGCCGGUACCAUACCCAGGAUACCCUUCCAGUUACUGGUACCCACAAGCCCCACCCGCAGGUCCUUACUCAGGCACCUAUUCACCAGGAUCUGAAGCAAAUAACCAACAGGGAAUGGCAGGCUACCCUAAUGGGGCCUACAACCCCACACAGUAUCCUGGGUCUCUCCACCCUACAAACCCUUUCUACUGCCAGGCUCAGCAGCCAACCCAGCCACCCUACCCUUCCCAGGCUCACUGUGAGACUGGGCCCCACCCUGUGGCUCCUGGAGUGGGGGGACAGCCAGAGUGCAACCAGUCAUAUCCUGUUCCGGAAGGGCAAACGUCUCUAGGCUAUCCUUACCAGCAGUAUGGCCAAAGGGUGGAUGAUGUCUCCCAAAACCCUCCUUACCUGACUCAGCCUUCGUCGUGCUCUGGGCCCCAGCUUGAGGCCUGGCCCCAAGCACCUGGUUAUGGGCUUCCACAGCAACAGUGGCGGGCAAGGCAGCAAAGACCAGCUGCUUCGUACGAGAACUCCUUCAUGAGCUCACAGCACCAGGCCUGGCCUAGUGCGGGUCCCUCAGCACUAACUUGCGAUCCAAAGGUCCCUCAGUAUUCAGGGUACCCCCACCCAGGCCAGUCUUCAUCCCAAAUUGGCCCUCAAACAAGACCACCAAACCCUGGUUCUGGACAGCGGGGUGAAUACAGCUCCCCUCCCCAGCUCUACACCCAGGAAGGGAGGAAACCAGAACCCUACCCAGCCCAGAAAUCCACAGAGGAAGAGCCACCCCCUCCGCAAGGACCCCAGCUGAGUGAUAACCCUAACCUGGCUCGGAUACAGCAGGUCACAGAGCACGUCCGGCUGCUGGAGGAGGAUGUGAACGAGUUCGUGGGCCGCAAAGCAGACAGGGACUACCGCUGCCUGGAGGAGCUGCUGACCAAGGAGCUACUAGAGCUGGACUCGAUUGAAACUAGGGGCCAGGAGUCUGUGAGGCAGGCCAGGAAGGAGGCUGUACAGAAGGUCCAAGGAGUCCUGGACAGGCUGGAGAGGAAGGCCUUCUGAGGUGGACAGGCCCACCAGACUCACUGCUGUCAUGACAGUUCAAAUAAUUCCACUGAUUUUACAGUCCAGUACAAUACCAGUCCACCAAACAGAGAUCUCAAAAACAGUGAUAAUUGACCUGUGUCCGAGCAGGCUGAAAGUUUUCUUGACAUGCAUUGCUAUGAGGUUUGGUUGUUACGGGAUGCUUGUUAGGUUUGAAUCAGGAUCAUUUUGAUGAGGAUGCUUUAAUGAGCUUUCUUUUCUAAAAGGAACCUAUCUGAUAAUAUUCUGAAACUAGUAUAACCAGAUUUCUGGAAUUUCACAGCCUUGCAUAUAUUCCUAUGUGCACGCAAGUUAUUUAUGUACAUUUUUUUUUAAAUGUUACCACCUUACGUAUUUACCUUUCUAACAUAUGCAGUUUAGUUUUCCUUUUAGACACAAAUCUAUUAAAUUGAUCUUGACACUGUUUAAAUCAUUAAAAGACGGGGGACUUCGUGAAAAUCAGCUUCUAUAACAGUUUUGUAGUGCAUUUUUGUGUAUUUGGAAUUCUUAAUAUUUUAUAUUUAAAAUGUGGCAGCAUUGUUUAAUUGAACAUCCCACCAAAUGUUAGCUCAGUAAAUCAGUCCCUUCCUGCUCCUCUCUCUCCCCCUUGUAUUUUGAAAUAAAACUGAACAGCAUUCACUCAUCACUUUUUUUUUGUACUCACUUUUGAUUUAUACACAUACAUGUAAAUGUAAUAUGGUGAACAUAUGUAAUGUUUUUUUUUGCUUCUUUUUUAAGUGAAAGAAGCAAUGAAAUAUCUGAAAUCGUGACUGAUGUGUGUUUGUCAGAGUUUGUGAUGGAGUUUACUGUAUCACCCCUGAUUCUUAAAAGUACAAUUUUUUUUCAUAAACGCACUGCCAGUCUUCCAAAAACCAAAAAUGAUGAGUUCUUGAAUUAAGUGUUUUUUGUAACCCUGGCAGUUUUAUUAUCCGUUCACAAAAAUAAAACCUUUUGAAAUAUUGGGUCAGUUUAUCAAGUUGCAUUAAAGGAGUGUGAAACACGG